AUGGCGCGGGGCAGCACGAGGCCCGGGAACCAACGGCGCCGCCGACACCCCACCGCCCGACGACGUCCCCCCUCAGGCCGGCACCCGACGCCCCGCGCGCGGCCCGCUCCCACCGCGCAGGCGCCGCCCCGCCCCUCCUAUUGGCUACUCCCGCGCCCGGAGGGCCUGAUUGGGCAAGGCCGCCCCUCCAGGCCCCCCAGCCGCUCCCAGCCGUCCAGCAGGGAGACCCUGCCCCCGGCCGGCGGCAUGGCCAGCGGGGAGACCAGCGGCCGGACCGCCGACAAGGAGCCCCAGCAACAGGUGGAGCAACUUCUCUUCGGGCUGCGCUGGAGGCGACUGGAGGAACCCCUGGGCUUCAUCAAGGCUCUCCAGUGGCUCUUUGCUAUUUUCGCCUUCGGGUGCUGCGGCUCAUACAGCGGGGAGACGGGGGCCACGGUCAGGUGCAACAACGAUGCCAAGGAUGUGAGCGCCAUCCUUGUUCAGUUCGGCUAUCCCUUCAGGUUGCAACAGGUCGAGUAUGAUAUGCCACUAUGCGAUGAAGAAUCCAACACAAAGACACUGCACCUCAUGGGGGACUUCUCGGCACCCGCUGAGUUCUUUGUCACCCUGGGCAUCUUCUCUUUCUUCUACACUAUGGCUGCCUUGGUCUUCUACCUGCGCUUCCAUGGCCUCUAUGCCGAGAACAAGCUCUUCCCUUUGGUGGACUUCUGCGUGACAGUCUCCUUCACCUUCUUCUGGCUGGUGGCGGCGGCUGCCUGGGGCAAGGGCCUAACGGACGUGAAAGGGGCCACUCGGCCGUCCAGUCUGACUGCUGCCAUGUCUGUGUGCCAUGGGGAGGAGGCCGUUUGCAGUGCCGGGGCUACCCCUUCCAUGGGGCUGGCCAACAUCUCCGUGCUCUUUGGCUUCAUCAACUUCGUCCUGUGGGCUGGGAACUGCUGGUUCGUGUUCAAGGAGACCCCGUGGCACGGCCAGGUCCAGGCCCAAGACCAGGCCCAGGCCACUGGCAAGGAGAGCGUGAUCGAGAUGGGGGCUGUGGAGAAGCAGUGAGAGCCCUCUACUUCUCGAACAGCCAGUGCCUCACCAACCUCCGACUGCCAGGACCGUCUUCUCCCCCUCCUCCUCCGCUCCCCGUCACGUUCCUUUCUCUUUCUCCUCCUCCUCCCCACCCCAUUUUCCUCCUCCUCUUUCCCCUUCUCUUCCUUCUCCUGCUCCUCCACUCACCCCUCCUUCCUGAGCAUCAGGGGCAGGGCUACCUUGCCUUCCCCCACACUGAACCCCUAGAUCUCCUCUCUUC